AGCGAGGCGUGCUCAGACUGAGAGUGAAUCUCAGAGAGGAAGAAAGCUGGUGAAGGUUCACUGUUAUUUUCCCGGCCAUACAAUUAUCCUCUACAGUAAGGAUUUAUCUUUUUUUUUUUUAUUCUCAUAGGCCUACUGGAUUUUAUGGACUGUGGGAAGUCAGAAAAAAACAAAUCUUUCUUGAACUUUGUGACAGGAUCCAAACGCUUAUUACAAGACAUCAACCAGAUUUACAACUAAUUCAAAGUCAUCAGCUGUGUGGGGAUAUUGGUUUGCCUUUGACAUGGGGUCUGGUGGGAAGGUGCUACUUCUUCUUGGCUUAUUGGGUGUGCUGGGGAAAUGUUUCUCUGUGGAGUGUCGCAACGGCUUCAACACAAUUGAUGAUGUCUGUGUUGUAUCCAAAUCCAGAUGCAAAUGAGUGCGAAGAAAACCCACAACAAUGUGGGAAUCACACAAUGUGCUUCAACACAAAUGGCAGCUUCUACUGUCAGUGCAAGUCAGGGUUCAUUCAUUCAUCAGGAAACAUUAAAGAGAAUCUUAACUUUACGGAGGGACAGUGCAACGAUAUCAACGAGUGCCUCGAUGAAGUUGGUAUCUGCGGUCAUGCUGUAAAUUGUUCUAAUCUGAUUGGGAGCUACUGGUGCACGUGCCACUUUGGGUACACCAACAACAGUGGAAACUGCAAAGACAUAGAUGAAUGCCUCGAAGCUGAAAGGAAAAAAGAAGAUCUCUGCGGAGUGAAAGGGACUUGUAAAAACAGUGAUGGGAGUUACCGGUGCAAGUGUUCAGAAGGAUACACCAAUUAUGGCAACGAAAGGACCCCAUGCUCAGCGCUCGACUGUGACAGCUUCAGUGGAGACGGCGGGCCUGCACCGUUGCUCGGAGGACUGGCAGACAUUUUGUCCAUGAUGAGAAACAGCUGUUUGGCUCUGUCUAACCCAAGUGCCGCUGGUGAAGGGAACCCAGAUGGAGAUGCGCUACUGGAGAAUCUUUUCACAGCGACCGAGGCCAUCCUGUCCCCCGGGCACCUGCACAGCAGUGAAGAUGUGAGCGGAUUGCUCAGUACGGUGGAGAACGCUAUUAUGCUCAUUGGCCCACAGCUCAAAGACAACCGCACAAAAAUAGAAACCUCUGAGACAGAUGCAGUUAUUGCAGUGCAGAGGGGAAAGACUCCACCCACUGGACCAAUCCAUCUGACCACCGAGAAUGCUAUACUUGACACUGACUGGACAACCGCAGCUGGGACGGGAUCUUACCCUGGUUUUGCUCUGGCUGCGUUGUUGAGCUACAAGAACCUUGAGAUAUCUGUUAACCGGUCCUUUGACGAGCUCACAGGACAUGAAAAAGAUGGUGUGAAUCCCUCCUUUCAGCUCUCCUCUAGAGUUGUGUCUGUUGUGGUCUCCAACCCAUCCACUCAGAACCUGAGCCGCUCCGUCAACAUCACCCUCAGACAUUUACAGGACGUAGAGGAGUCGGCUAACUUGAAUUACAUCUGCACAUACUGGACUGAGAGAGGGUCCUGGUCCACAGAUGGUUGUUAUCAACAGCACUCCAAUGCCACACACACUGUGUGUACAUGUGAACAUCUGAGCAGCUUUGCUGUACUUAUGGCACUCUACCCCAUGGAGCACACAUUUGGGCUCCAGCUGGUGACCAAGAUCGGGCUGAUCAUCUCCCUGCUGUGCCUCAUAUUGUGCAUCCUGACAUUCAAAUUCUGCCGCUCCAUACAAGGAACCCGCACCACCAUCCACCUGCACCUCUGUAUCUGCCUCUUCGUAGCUGACCUCGUCUUUCUGGCUGGCAUUUCACAAACCAAACCCGUGGCCGGCUGCAGGUUCGUUGCAGCGAUGCUUCAUUUCUUCUUCUUGGGAGUGUUCACCUGGAUGCUGUUAGAAGGGGUGCAGCUGUACCGCAUGGUGGUCCUGGUGUUCAACGCCACCAUUCGGCCCCUCUACUUGUUCAUCAUUGGUUAUGGGACACCCCUUGUUAUCGUCAUCAUAUCCGCCAUCAUUAGACCAAACGAAUAUGGCACUGACCAGCACUGCUGGCUGUCCCUGAAAGACGGCCUCAUCUGGAGUUUCUUCGGCCCCGUGUGCUUCAUCAUCAUCCUCAACGUCUUCUUUUUCAUCGUCACCGUCUGGAAGCUCGCCCAGAAGUUCACCAGCCUCAACCCAGACCUCUCCAAUCUGCACAAAAUUAAAGCUUUCACAGUGACAGCUAUUGCGCAGAUGUGGGUACUUGGUCUGAUGUGGGUGUUUGGGGCCUUCCUGUUUCACGAGGGCACUACAGCAGUAGCAUACAUCUUCACUAUCCUCAACAGCAUGCAGGGAGCGCUGGUCUUCAUCAUGCACUGCCUACUGUCUAAACAGGUGAGAGAGGAGUAUGCCCAUUUUGUCUCCUGUAUCUGCACACCACAGAAGAAGAGAUACUCGGACUUCAGCAGUACCAAUCCAUCCAGUAGUCAGUCACAAGGUUCUCGCAGUGGGCAGCAUACCGGAGAAUCCAAAAUAUGAGGAACUUUAUUUUUUAUUGUACCCCAGAGACAGACUACCACACCUUUAACCUAUCUGGGCUAAGUUGGCCCUGACCCUGCCGGUUUGGAUGACUUCAAACAAAAAUGUUAAUCAUUAUUUACAAUUAUGUUAAUUUAAACUUUACUUUAGUUUUGUUGUACCACUGCACCAAUUGUUUAAUGUUAACUAAUUAAACAAUUCAUUAAAUCAGAUAAGUCUGAGGGGUCGUCUGAUUAGCCCCAGUAGUUACAUCUCAGAACUUUCAGACCCUAAUGAAGUUGAUGUGACCAAAUAUUUUUUACAACUCAAAAACCUAAAUCCACUAAUAUAUGAGUAGCAUCAUCUUCCAAUCGAUUGCUAAAGUAAUGCUUCACGUGUCAUUAUUGUCAGAGUAAGCAAGAAGUAGCCGACUUCUGUGUUUUUUUCAGGAACUCUUUAAGUGAAAGUGACGAUAUUUCAGUAUCUUAUCGAUUUAUCCAAAACAUAUCAAAAUCAUAAUAUGAGCUGUAUUGUCUUUGGAGGGAUCAAAAGUGAUACAUACAGUACAUACUGUACACUGACAUAGACUAUUUAUUUUCAAGUGCAGACUAUUAAGUCUACAUUAUGUAGGCUACAAGAAAAUAUGAGUGAUGCUCUUUGUGUUUAAAGCAUGAGCAAUAAGUUUGCGCUGUAUUUUAUAUAGAUGUACUGUGUGAAAAAAGGGUGGGUAUGAUUUUUGUUCAUGGGAUGUUCACAUAAAUUAUUCCAUGUUUCCAUGUUGUGUAUUUACCGGUAUGUCGUAAUGGCAAAGAAACAACUAACGGAUGAUGCAAAUGACCCCUGAAGUGCCUCUGAUGUUUCCUGCAUGUUCCUGCUUAUCCCAAGUGGGCUCCUGCAAGGAUUUCAUGUUUUUAUUUUUUUAUUUUAAACAAAAUAAGUGAUUUUUUUUAAUCACUUGUGGCUAUUUUUAAAUAUUUUUUAAUUUGCAAUUGAGCUUAGUCCUUUUGUCACUGGUGUAUGUAAAAAUAUGUAUUUUUUUCUUUUUAAUUAGGAAACACACAAAAAAAGAAAAAUCCAACCCAUAAUAGUUGCUUGGGAAAUUCACAAAAACAGACCCACCCUUCUGAUAAGCUUCCUGCAAUCAUACUGUGUUUAUGGAAUACAAUUCCAUUAUAUUGUCAUGUUUUCUUAUAAUAGCUGUUAGCAUAUGUCUACACACAUUGUUAGUGACUGUAAGGUAUCACAUCCCUGAAAUGAGAAUGUUAACCAUUUUGAUGAGGUCUAAUGGGAGUUGUACAGACCUGAGUAUGUUAUUGCACUUUUCUGUUGUAAAAAUGAUAAGCAGCAUAUCUUCUCUCACAUGGUGCAUGUGAUAAUCAAGAAGACUUGAGAACCAGCCUCACUUACAGAACCUGAAUAGGUUACUUGUUGUAAUAAAGCUAUAUUUUAUAUUUUAUAGAAAUUGAUCAGAGACAUUAAUCUGCAGAAAAAGAGAGAUCGAGAGAGUACUUUUGGAAUCCAAAUCUAUCUUUUUUAUGCACUUGGUUUUGUCCUGUACUGUUUGUUUAUAUUUAAGUUGCUUCACCCUCUCUCAUCUAUGAGACUGAUUGUAAGACCACUCGUGUUGGUUUUAACAACUAAACUGUUUUAUGUCUUA